GUAUAGAAGAAAAUCUACCAUAUCGUCACUUCAUGGUAUGUAGACCAGAAGUAUCAGUAUUAGAGUUGCACCCAGAGGAAGGUCAAGUGCCUAAGUUGACUGAAGACUUAUUCAGGAGUUUAUUCAAUGAAGUGGGGCAGCUGGAAGACGACCUAACUCUGAAGUACAUUAAGAAAAAAUUUAUAGGAUUUAAAAAUUAUUAUUAUUCAGAAUACGAAGAGAUUAACAGGAGACGUUUCGAUCUUAACGAGAACCAAUUGAAUCAUUUCAGGAGAAAGAUUCAGAGCGUUGUUGAAAAAGACGUCGUUAGAACUGAUAGAGGAAAUCCGUUUUUUGCUGGAGACAAUAACCCAAACAUUGCUAUAAUGAAGAAUAUUCUACUUAAUUAUGCCGUUUAUAAUCCAGGAUUGGGAUACACACAAGGCAUGAGUGAUCUGUUAUCCCCUGUGCUAUAUGAGCUCCAAGACGAAGUAGCAGCCUUCUGGUGCUUUGUAGGCCUGAUGCAAAGGGCUGUAUUCGUAGCCACCCCUACAGAUAGGGACAUGGACAGGUGUCUGCGUUACUUGCGUGAGUUGAUCAGACUGAUGGUCCCCAAGUUUCACGAGCACUUGAAGAAACACAAAGAUGCCACCGAGCUUCUUUUUUGCCACAGGUGGAUUCUAUUGUGCUUCAAGAGAGAGUUUACCGAGGCUGUAGCCUUGAGGAUGUGGGAGGCUUGCUGGGCGAAUUAUUUAACAGAUUAUUUCCAUUUGUUCCUUUGUUUAGCCAUAAUUUCUGUUUAUGCCGAUGACGUGAUUGCUCAAGAUCUUCGGUCUGAUGAAAUGUUGCUACAUUUCAGUUCCCUAGCUAUGUACAUGGAUGGUCAACUAAUUGCUAGGAAGGCAAGAGGACUGCUGCAUCAGUACAGACAAAUGCGAGAAAUACCUUGCACUUUAUCAGGUUUAUGCACCAGAUGCGGUCCUGGUAUCUGGGACAGCUCACACAGUCCUCGAAUCUACUGCGUAGGUCAUGAAAAAGAAGGGUACAGCAACGUUUGUGCGUACUGAACGAACUGUUGAAUAGAUUUGUCAAAGAAAUCAAUCACUAUAUUUCUUUGUUUCUUGAGUUACAGUGUGUCACUUAAGAGCGGUCAGAAAGGAUAAUUCAUGGACUUACUCAACUUCUACUAAAUUAUUGAACUCGCUAAGAACCAUAUUGUGUGAUGCCUGUAUAGAUCAUUAUCAAUAAUGAGUUUUAUACCGUUCAAUCAUUUGUGACUGUACGAUAAUGCAUUGAAAAAUUCUUAGCCAGCUGUAGCAGCAAAUACAGUUUGGAACAUUAUAUUUUCCUCAUGAACACCUCUAGACGUUUUUCUUCGCCAUGCAAACCAGCCCUCCAUAUCUUUCAUCAUCUUUUCGUUGGGAGAAAAUUUACGACCUCUUAGAUUUUUUUACACUUGAGGAAAAAUUGAUAGUUGAAUAGAGCUAGAUCUUGUGGAUGAGGUGGAUGCAUGUUGCCGUGCACACGAAUUGUCUAGGCUAAGUAGAUAUCAAUACAUCCUCGUACCACUCACAACAAGAGAUAACAGUUUAAUGGAAUUUGAAUGCUAUUUAAGGCACACAAGGACAAAUAUAUAUAAGGUGUGUUCGUAUUUAUUUUCAAUUUCCAAAUUUAUAUUUUGCUGGCUACUAAUUCAUAACAACCAAUUGAGUUGGUCAAACAGCUCGUUCCAAAUCAGACAUAAUAUACUUUCAAUGUGUCUUAAUUUUUUCAGAAUGUUUUAUAGGCAAUAGCACAACAGACUCCUCGGCAGCUCAAGGGAAAUGCUGUAGGGAGUGGCUUCGGCAAUUCUUUUUAGAUUUACUAACAAUGGAUGGGAGAAGAAAUUAUUGUAAAUCCAUGAUUGAACUGAAUUUCACAAAUUUAUGUUAUAGAGUUCAAAAAUUCAAGUCAUUAUGACUUGCAGUAUUAAGGAAGCGUUCCGAAGUUGACUGUUGCUUUUGUAAAAAAGUUGUUGAGAGAUAUAAUAUUCGCAUUGUACAUUUGUUGGACAAAUUGUAAAAACAUAUAGUAUUAUAAGUUAUUAUACAAAAAAUCCCCUCAGGGCGUUGGUGUUUUACCUAUUAGUUCAAAAUUCAAUGGAGUUAUGUAUUUGACAGAUUUAAUAUUUCGCUUUGAAUAAGAAAACACAUUUCUUAGUGUUCCUUGUCUCGGAACUUUGGAACCAAAAUUAGCAGUAUUUUCAAAAACCUUGCACUUUUUGAAUUAGUUUCAUUACAAUUAGAUGGAAUAUGACAUCUUUUGGUAGAAAAUAGUUGUUGAAAAAAUUAUUUUACUCACCAUGAUGCGCAAAUAUACAGGACUAUUCAAAUUCGAGUCUUUGCUUGGCCAUCUUGUACAUGGAAAAAUACAGAGAUUCGGUUGAAUUGUGGUGAAAUUGCCUAUUUAGAGUGUCAUCUAAUGUUAUCAAAAAAUAUAUGGAAAAACCCGAAAAAUUCAAAACUAUGUUUUUCAGAA